AUGUCGCGCCGUCCAGCAAAAGGCGACUACAUCGAAACCGACACGGGCAACAAGGUCGCCCGCAAGGCCAUCCUCGUGGGCACGCAAAACAUCAUGCUCGGCGGCAAGACAGUCAUCCAGCCCGAGGUCAUGAUCCGCGGCGACCUGGUGCGCACCGCGCCCUCGUCGUCCUCGGCGCCCACGAGCUCCACCGCCGUCGCCAUCGGCCGCUACUGCUUCCUCUCGCGCGGCGUGCUCCUCCGGCCCCCCGGCCGCCUGUACAAGGGCGUCUACACCUACAUGCCCCUCCGGCUGGGCGACCACGUCUUUGUCGGCCAAAACACCGUCGUCCAGGCCGCCACCGUCGGCAACCACGUGUCCAUCGGCCGCGACUGCGCCGUCAACGAGUUCGCCAUUGUCAAGGACUACGUCAAGAUCCUCGACGGCAGCGUCGUGCCCUCCUCCAUGGUCAUCCCUAGCUUCUCCGUCGUCGCCGGCCGCCCGGCCAGGGUCGUCGGCGAGCUGCCCGAGGGCGCCUUGGACGACUUUGAGCUGCGCGACAUGUACAAGACUGUUGGGAACAAUCCGCAGCCGGCUGCGUAG